ACCUGUCAAAACUUUAAAGCAAACGGCUUGCCGGAACGAACGGUUUUAUUUUGUAGCGCCUACUGACAAAACUUUCCUGCCAUUAUUCACUAUCGCCUCCCCCGAAAAGAGCAGAAAUUGUUCGAAAAUGAUGGACCCCGUGCUGCAACGCCACCUGAAGGGCCAUCGGGGAAAGCUGACCGGCCUGUCGUUCAACCCGGAAGGGACGCGUUUUGUGACCAGCUCCACCGACCACUCCGCAAUCGUUUGGACCAACAACGAACAGGUACGCUGCAUGCGAUUCGAGGCACACACGGACGUUGUGAACGAUGUGUGCUGGUCCCCGGACGGUCGCAUCAUAUCGACCGUCUCCAAGGACCGAUCGGUGAAGAUUUGGGUCCCGUCGAUGCUGGGCAACAGUGACGAGUUCCGGGGCCACACGUCGAACGUGCGCUCGGUGGAUUUCGAUCCGACCGGCAAGAAGCUGCUCACCGCUUCCGACGACAAAACGGUCAAGCUGUGGAAGGUGUCCCGCAAGCAGUUUCUUUCCUCCUUCACCGGUCACACAAACUGGGUGCGUUGCGCACGGUUUUCGCCGAACGGUAAACUGAUCGCCUCCUGCGGCGACGAUCGCACGCUGAAGCUGUUUGAUCCGGCGACCGGGCAGUGUGUGCACAGCUUCUACGAUCAGAAGGGGGCAGGCUGUAAGGUGGCCUGGCAUCCGGACAGUACCCUGGUGGCGAUCGCUCUGGACAACUGCCGGGUAAAGAUCUUCGACAUAAACAUAAGGAAAUUGAUCCAGUACUACCGCAUAUACGAUGGGCCGGUAAAUUCGCUCGAUUUCCAUCCGUCCGGCAACUAUCUCAUAACGGGCAGUGACGAUGGUGUUACCAAAAUCAUCGAUCUGCUCGAAGGCCGACAAAUAUUCACACUCACCGGCCAUCGAGGUCCCGUCACGACGGUGAAAUUUUCGAAAGAUGGACAGCUGUUUGCGACCGGAAGUGAUGAUUGUCAUGUAAUGCUUUGGAAGGCAAAUCUGGAUAAUGACUCGGCACAAAACUCACUGUACACACCAGAAGGCAGUAGCUGCGAGAGUACACAUCCGGCAGCCAGUGACCAGCGAAAGCUCAGCUUCAAUCGCGACGUGAGCGAAGCACAUGCCGAUGACGACGACGAAUCCGCCUACAGCUGCAACAAGGAAAACCUGCCCGAUACGAGCAUCUUUGUCGAUGCGACAAAGACGGAAAAUUUCAAAAUAUCGGACGCCGUCGAGGUUAGCGAUUAGUUUCCUUCUUCAUGCGUUAGGUUUAAGAUCUUCCAUUAAUUUAUGCCAUCAGUGGGGGAACUUUGGAGGGAAUCAGUGGGGGAUUGAAUUUUUACUUCUUGUUUCGCUUUAACUUGCUCUUACCUUAUCAUCAAAGGAAAUCAUAAUCAAACUGAAUAAACACUCUCCCAAAAACGA